UGGCCCUUUGGACGUUUGGCACCAAUCGGGUGACGCCACCGGUGACGACGACGACGCUGCCUACCAGCGUUGGCGUCGCUGUCACCCACCCGGCUAGUCUACACGAGAUAAGCUACUCUAGGCCCAUGAUGACUCGCGACUCGUGAGCUGCUGGGGAUUAAAAUUUUAUUUAGUGGCGCCACGGUGGCUGUCCACUUCGGGGUGACGCCGGUGUCGAAGCAACACACGUAGAAUACUGUGGCUGCAGAGCGAGGCAGCCACCUCCUGAACAUGGUUAGCGCACGUUGCAGUGUAUUAUUGGCUGAGGUUUGUGCAAAGAAGGAAUUUUGCAAGGUAACCUUAAUUAGACAAAUUUUUAGAGAAAUAGCGCGCGCGUGACAAGUGGACUUUGAGGACUAGGAAGUUAGGUGUGCUAAGGAUAUCAUACGAGCAACCAAACAUAACCUAGCGGAUUUACGACGGGUUAAGGUUGGUCGUGACGAACUCGAGUCCCAACCAGGAGGCGCCUAACAUUGUGUCAUUAGCGAACAAUAGGGGAAAACAUACUUAGAUGGUUACUCAUAUGGUUGCGUGUGUGGAUGUACGCCUCCAAGUUUGAAUCUUUUUAAACCCAAUUUGGGCGCAUAUUUCUUCUGCCUUUAUCUAUCAAUCAUAUGGUGACGGCUGAUAAAUAAGAUAGAGGAGUGGCUGGUAACAGAAAGCUAGAAGUGAGCUCAACACUAAUCCCCAAUCCAGUCAAACCCAGCGUUCACAUUGCACACAGUCUGAAGUACACAAGCUGAACGUAGUAAAAUGCCACCCCUACCAUGCCAAUGCCACCCCUACCCUGCCACCACCACCAACUCAUCCUCUCUGGUUCUGGCUCCCUCGGAACGGAAGGAACAGACCGGACAAGGCGCCGCCUUUCCCCGCCCCGGGGGCGCCUUGUCGUGUGGUGUGGGAACGCCGCGACGAGAAAGGGGAAGCCCAGCCAGCGCACGCAACGGGCAAUCACACGCGCGCCGCCAUACGGCGACUCGACCGCUUGCUGUCUCGCCAAUCAUCACCGGCGGCAGGCAGACAGAGAGGGAGGGAGGAAGAAGCUGACACGGCUGUAAAUCCACCCGCCUCCAGCUCCAGCUCCUGAGCGAGCUCACCGUAGUCACCGCGCCCUUCCUCCUCCUGCUGUCCUGCAUGCCACCGAAGGCCAAGCCAGCCCAGCGCGGCCAGAGCGGCAGAGCCCCACCACCUAGUCCUUUGCCAGUUCCCACCGACUGACCGGCUCGCCGGUGCCAUGGCCAUGGCUCGCGCGGCCUCCACCGGCCGCUAGCGUCUUCCUCCGUGGCGCCACCGUUCCUUCGUUCCUCGACCCGCCUGCAGCCGCUGGCGGCGAGCGGCGCUCAUCCGGGGCGGUACGCGAACGCGACCCCCGCCGCGGCGGCGGCCGGCGCGGGGGCCAUGGGGAUCUACGGGCGCCAGCGCCACCAGAUGGCGGCGGCCGGCGUGUGGGGGGACCCGUUCCGGCCCGACGGCGACGCGCUGGCCGCCGUCGCUGCUCCGGUGACCGCGGUGGCGGCGCCAGUGGACGUCGACGUCGAAACAGAGGUCAAGUUCGGCAACCACCUGGCGCAGGACGACGUCGUCCCGGUGGAAGAUGCGCCGCCGUCGUCGGACAGCUUCGGGCACGACGACGCCAGGCCCAGAGAUAAGGUUCAGAGGCGGCUGGCGCAGAACAGAGAGGCUGCUCGGAAGAGCCGGCUACGGAAGAAGGCCUACAUCCAGAAUCUCGAGACGAGCCGGAUGAAGCUGGCGCAGCUGGAGCAGGAGCUCACCAUGGCCAGGCGCCAGCAGGGCGCGCACGCCGCCGGCGGGCUACUAGCGCCGCCCGUGGACCCGCGCGUGGCGGCGUUCGAGAUGGAGUACGCGCGGUGGGUGGAGGACCAGAAGAAGCAGGCCAGAGAGCUGCGGGCGGCGCUGCAGUCGGGCGCGCCGGAGUUCCAGCUGCGCUUCCUCGUCGACGCCGCGCUGGCGCACUACGGCGCGCUGUUCGAGGCCAAGUCGCGGGCGGCCCGCGCGGACGCCUUCUUCGUGCUCUCCGGCGUGUGGCGCGCCCCAGCCGAGCGCUUCUUCCUCUGGAUCGGCGGGUUCCGCCCCUCCGAGCUGCUCAAGGUCCUGGCGCCGCAGCUGGACCCGCUGGCGGAGCCGCAGGCGUCGGCGGUGCGCAUGCUGCAGAACACGGCGCGGCAGCUGGAGGACGCGCUGUCGCAGGGCAUGAACAAGCUGCAGCAGACGCUCGUCGACGCCCUCAUGACCGUCGACGCGCCGGACGACGCCGCUUCCGGCGCCGGCGGAGGGUACGCCGCGCGGCAGAUGGCCAGCGCCGUGGGCAAGCUCGACGACCUCGUCAGCUUCGUGGACCAGGCGGACCACCUCCGGCAGCAGACGCUGCGGAACAUGAACAAGAUCCUGACGGUGCCGCAGGCGGCGCGGGGCCUCCUGGCGCUCGCCGACUACUCCCAGCGGCUGCGCGCGCUCAGCUCGCUCUGGGCGGCGCGCCCGCGGGAGCCGGCGUAACGCCCGGCGAGCGGCGAGUGGCUCGACGGAGAAGAGGAAGCGGCGUUGGCAAGGGCACGUGCGCGCGUGGUCGGCUUGGCUUGGCUGGCGACCGGACCGGCGGCCGACGGAGCAAGAGACCAACCGGACCUGGCGGCGUCAAGUGGCUCGGUUCGUCCAGCUCGGCAUCUCGUACGGGCAAGCGAUGUGUUUGCUCGCUCUGAAGGAUUCAAACAACAAAAUGUGUUUGCUCUGAAUGAGAUCUGAAUCUUCUGAUGGUUACAGUACAGCAGUAGGAUUUGGUUGGCAGAUCAAGGAAUUUACAAGUGUAAAUAGAGUAUACAGCCUUGUUUGGAACUUUGGAUAGGACAUGCUUAUGAGGCUAUUAGGCACAGAGUAUUUAUCAUUCAGUUGCUGCUUGUCUCUCUCAACCUGUAACUAGUGUCGUUUGUACGGAGAUCAUGUGAAAAUGUUGAUGAACAAUCUAGGCUCAGUGGAUGAUAACCGAAAUUUUGAGUUCCGAAAAGAUCUGGUUUCGACCAAAACU